AUGUUCAAUUUUUUUUAAUCAAUCUGCUGCUUUUCUAAUAGAGAAAAACCAGAAAAAGCCAAUAGACCAAUACAAAAACCAGUAUAAACUUUGUCCAUUCAACCUGUUAUAUAAGAAACUAUUACAGACUAAGUUUAAUAAAACAACAUUAUAGAAACGGAUUAAUACCUACAAUUAGAUGAUGAUUACUACAUGGAAUAGAUGGAGUAAGCUCUUAUUUUUUAAUUUAAGUUUUCAAUCUUCAAGUGAUCCUCCUUCUACUUAAUUACCUUCUGGUUUCAUUCUUUAAGAUGAAGUUAUUAGUAAUCAACCUAUGUAAGAGGAAAAUGAUAGUAAUAUCAAAAAGGAACAAACUAGUACAAAAAAAGUAUUAUAAUUAUUCUAAUAUCAUUUAGAAAAGAAUAUUGAAGCUCUGGGAUGCCAAUGAAGACGCUUAAUUACGUAUCAAUUACGAAAAACACAAUGGAAAAUGGAAUGAAAUUGCUAAACAUAUGCCAGGAAGAAAUGUUUCAUAAUGUUGUUAAAGAUGGAGAAGAUUAUAGCCUGUUAAGAUUGUAUAUAUAAUUAUAUAUAUUAUAAUAGAUUAAAAGAAAGCAAUGGACAUAAACUGAAGAUGAAAAGAUUCUACAAUUAGUCUAACAACAUGGCAAAAAUUGGAAAUUAAUCUCUUUACGUAAAAAUUAAUUCAACUAUAGUGCUCUAGACUUUCCGGGUAUUUUGAGCAAAUAGAUAAGAGAACGAUAUAUUAAUAAAAUUGAUCCUGAUAUUAAUACAGGCCCAUGGACUGAAGCCGAAGAUGCCACCAUUAUUAGAUUGUAUUAGGAUUAUGGAGGCAAAUGGAGUCUUAUUUCCUCUCAUCUUAAGGGUAGACCUGUAAAAAAUUUAUUUUUAAACCUAAUAGGAAAAUAUGGUCAAAAAUAGAUUCUAUUGUUAUAUUAGAAGAGUUCAUCUUGGAGUUUAGAACCCAUAUCAAAUUGUUUAUUAAGAAAACUCAGAUAGCGAAGUCAGCUCAAACGAUGAGAUGGAAUUUGAAUGAUAUAUAC